UUGGGUGUCGAGAUAUAACAUGAAAUACCAAGUGGCGAAUUUAUUGAUUUAUCUUAUAGAAUUUGUACAGGUGCUUCGUUUCGGUAAAAUCAUUCUGUCCUUUCUAUAUGUAUAAUCGUAGUGUUGUGACCCUGGCAAUAUCCGUAUAAUAAUAAUACGUAUAAAUUCUUAAAAAUCUUAUUUGGUCAGGUGUUCAAGCUCAGAAGCAAAACAGAGAAGUAAGAUUUGUCGUCUGUGUAAACAAUUUGAAACAACUGUUCUAUCUUUACAUCAUUUAUUUCUAUCUUUUAACGAUCCACUCAAGGUGAGGUCAAAAGUGGAGAAUCGGUUAUGUAUAAACUGAAAGUUUUGUUGGUGAUUUUCUCUUUUUGCGUUGUGCUUAGAAGAACUUUGUCAGAUAAUUGUAAAUAUGGACAUUGGUCGCGAUGGAGCAAAUGUAACAAUUGUGCAGUAGGACAGAUACACCGUACGAAAAGAGCUUUGCAGGAGAACUGCUAUAGCAAAGAUGAUCGUCGCACGUGUGGCAAACCGAACGGAGGCUGCUAUGGAGCUUGUGAUCUUCUUACUGGAAAAUGUGGCUGUUCUGCUGCAUCAGAAGAAAAGGCUGUCGCAGCAUGGCCCGGUGAUUACAAAUUCACCAGUAGAAAGUCAUCACAAUAUAAUUGUGUUCAAGUUGCAACUACUCGCUUUUAUAGAAAGUAUUAUUUUUGUGUGAAGAAAGGUGUUCCCGAUCCAGUUCACAGCACAGGCAUGUUUAACAAGCAAAGGUCUUUAUGGGAUAGGCAAUAG